GCGAUGUCGUUUGAAGAGUCGACUGUCAUUGGUCUGUCUGACUGGAGGGACAAUACUGGAAAAAAUGCGACGUGGAAAAAUCUGAAGAGUAUUGUAAGAAAAAGUGUUGUAUAUGCCGGUCCAGUCAUAAAUAGACUUGAAGCACUCCGGAUAAUAGAUCACAAAACUGAUGGUAGGAUACGAGGGAUUGCGAUCAAUCUGGAUAGUAAUAUCGAGUGGAAAAUUCUUGGAAAGUAUCUUGGACUUUCGUCGGUACAAUUGCUUCACAUCCAAGCGGAUAACUUGAAAUUUGGGGCUUUGAAUAUGGCUUAUAACAUGCUACUAUCAUGGAUAUCUACAGUGGAAUCGGUUGAGGAAAUAUACCCGUUGUUGGGAAAGGCGCUGAAAUUAGCGGACCGUUUAGACCUCGCAAACAUAGUCGAAAUAUGGAUAACUGAAUCACAACCAUCCUCACGCGACAUGACACCAAUUGACGAGGAACAAUCGGAAAGCGACUCAAAGGUGCUUACUGGGGAUGACGAUCCUUCAUAUAACGGAGAUGACGAUGAUAAUAAAGAUCAAAACGAGAAUGACGGAGAAAAGAAAAAUGAGGAGGAAGAGAAUGAAAGGGAUGAAGAGGAAGACCAAGAGAGUGAAGCUGAUAUCCCGGAUGAUCAUGAUGUCCCGGACGUUAACGAUAAACGGGAUGAUGACAACAACUAUGAUGACGACUUUUUCGAUGAUGAUGGAGAUAAUGACAAUCUGCUUCCGGAUGAUAGUAACGACCAGCGUGACAAAUCUCCAGAUAGCAAAAAUGGAUGAGUCACAUUUCCAUGUUAACCAUAAUAAUUAUAAACAAUAUUUUGCAUACAGUAUUGUAUGGUUUGUCUACAGUUCCACAGUAGUGGCAUAUGUUGGUAUUAUAAAAUGCCACAGCUGCCGUGUACUGAAUGUGUAUUUUACAUCACAUAACCCAUAUCGUGCACGACACGGCACGACGACUGGGGUGCUUUGCUAUCAUGUAUCAUAGCGGCUUUAGUCAUUUCUGUUUUAUAGAUUAAUCAAGUCCACCGUGGAUUACCUUAUAACACACAGAGAUAUAUAACAAAAAACAUACACACGUGUCCUCGCAAUAUAACAAUUAAAUUAAAAAAAAUAAACAGAAACGAAACGGAAUUGGACUAUGAUAGCAUGAAUAUUUUAUUUAAAGCGCCAAUAUGGGUAUUUUUGAUGCUUUAAUUUUAAUGAAACAUUGUAAAUAUAUGCAUCAUAACUUACUGUAGUAAUAAAGUGAAAUGUGGAAAAUAA